UGCAAACCUGGCGGUACUUCUCCCGAUAUGCCCCAACCCCUGUGAUUAACAGUAAAAUACGCCUAUGCCUAGGCCCAUAUCGUUGGCCUGAAUAUUCUGUAGAUUCUAGGUAAUUAAAUGCCGUUAAUAAUUAUAUGUGGAUUUCCUAGUAGUGGUAAAAGUAAACGAUCCAAGGAUGCCAAAUGCUACUUUGAAGAAAAGCACAGCAAGCAAGUAAUUAUUGUCGGAGAUCAUGGAAUAGACAGAAAUCAAGUGUAUAAUGAUUCAAAAAAUGAAAAAGAUGUACGUGGGUCUCUUAAGUCUGGGGUUCAAAGAGUCAUCUCAAAAGAGGAUGUUGUAAUUGUUGAUUCUUUGAACUACAUAAAAGGUUUUCGAUAUGAAUUAUUUUGUGUAGCCAAGUCAGCUCAAACACCUCACUGUAUUAUUCACUGUGCAGUCAGUCCUGAAACUGCUAAGCAGUGGAAUGCAUCAAGAUCAGAACAAGAGCGAUACACAAAUGAAAUCUUUGAUGGUUUGGUGAUGAGAUUUGAAGCACCAGAUUCUAGAAAUCGAUGGGACUCACCAUUGUUUACUGUACUUCCAGACGAUGAGUUGCCAUGCCAACAAAUUUAUGAUGCUGUGUAUUUACGGAAAGCACCUCCUCCCAAUAUGUCCACUGUAUCUCAACCUCUCUCAUCAACCAGCUUCUUGCAUGAAUUGGACAAAAUAACUCAAGAUAUCGUAAUGGCUGUCUUGAAUGCUCAAAAAAUGAGUCUACCCGGUGACGAAGUCAGCUUACCAAAAGCAACAGAAAAGAUUAAAUUGGUGAGACAUGUUACGGCAUCAGAACUAAGAAGAUGGCGGCAACAGUUUGUAUCGUAUACCAAGCAGCAUCCAGUAGAGAACACAGAUGUGAUACCAAAUAUGUUUGUGCAGUACCUUAACAACAGUCUUGUGUGAACAUCGAAUAACAGA